CACACCUGGAAGCAUCUAGAUUCUGGAGGCGUGGCACCGCAGCCGUCGCCCCGCAGUUUCCAGCCACCACCCCGCGCCGCCGUGCACCUCGCGGCGGCGGACCACACACGAGAGAGCGGGGCCAGUCGAGAUCGAGGAGGCGCCGCCGAUGGACCCGUCCGACGUCGAGAUGGAGCCCGCGGAGCACCCGCCCCAGGAGCCUCCGCCGCAGCAGCAGCAGCCGCAGCCGGCGGCGGCCGGGGACGGGUGGAGCAUGCUGUCCCGCGCCCGCGGGCUGCUGGAGGAGGGCCAGCCAUCCCAGGCGCUGCAGGCGAUACUCAUGGCCAUAAGAUCUAAAGGUGGUGAUCAGGCUCUGAUGCAAACGUUGAACCGUGCACGUGAACUCUACAGGCAGAGGUCUCACCCAACCCCAAAUGUUGACGAGCUCGCUUCUUUCCUCGCACGCUGUGCAAUAGCAGAGGCUCAGUCACCAAACACUAACGUGAAGCCGCAAGCACCUGGUUCUGACCCUGUCACGAUGUUGGACUCUGACGAGGCCUGCAUACUUGCUGAAUGUGGAAGAAAGCAGAUUAUCUUGGAUGCCUUCAGCGAUGGAAGCAGCUUCAUUUGCUUAAAAUGUGGUGGGCUCUUUAGCACAUCACGCAAAGAUGAGCAUCUGGCUUACUGGUGUGGGGCUGCAUGAUCCUGGUGAUAACUCUACUGCUGUAUAUCGGUGGUCGCCCCAGACGUUGAUCAUGAUGUGCAGGAUAUUUUGCAUGUAAAACCUGCUCUCUUUUCUGGUUACCGUUUCUUUGCUACAGGGAUGCAAGAGAUACAUCUUCUGUUCACCGAACAAAAUACAUAGCCUGCGUAGAGCAUUAUGAACUAAGCUUGAAGCUUCCUUCUGUCGUACUGUGUUCUUAUGACGCCAUUUUGCUGGUGGUAAAUCCUGAUAUGAUGGGCAUUGUCCUUUGUUAUUGUCUUGAGGUCGUCAAGUCCUUAUAGUUGGUUUCCUUGUAAUGAAAAUUUUCUGCUUGUCAUUAAAAGGCGGCAAACUCUAUUGGAAGAUAGCUAACUGA